UCUAGAUCCGCUUCCUUUUAAUGAGUGCAUCAAAAAUUUAAAACUUAGUCGCGAGUUCAAUAAUCAAAUUAAAAUCUUUAUCAAUCUACUUAUCAAUUUCUAAGAAUGACUGGAUGCCGAUUUCAGCUGAAAUGGCUUGAAAUGGAUAAAUAUAAAUUAUGGUUAUCGCAAGCAAAAAAUGAGAACCACGCCAGGUGUAUGUUAUGCCAAAAGGAGAUUGUUUUGUCAGGAAUGGGCGAGAGUGCACUUGGGUCUCAUGCAUCUGGUAAAAAACAUCAAUCCCUCAUUAAGAGCAAAAUCUCAAGUGCUGUUUCUAUGAAAGCCUUCUUUACUACACCUAAUGCCACACCUAGAUCUAGUUCAACAUCUGCUGAUUCUGAGCAUGAAACCAUUCAAGAGACAAAAAACACAUGCAAGACAGCCAAGGCUAAUACUUCAUCGGAUAUAUCUAGCUUUGUUUCUGCAGAAGACACCCUUAAAGCCGAGAUCAUUUGGACUCUUUUUACAAUCAACAGACACCACAGUUUUACUUCAAACAGCAAUAUUAACAAAUAUUUUCAACGGAUGUUUCCUGACAGUGAAAUUGCAAAACGUUUUAGGCUGUCUGAAAGAAAAACCUCUUAUUUGGCUUGCUUUGGAUUAGCUCCUUAUUUUUCUUCUCUGCUGGAAGAAAUUUUGAAAAAUGAAGCUUACGUCAUUUGUUUUGAUGAGAGCAUGAAUAAGGCUUUCCAAACAAAACAGAUGGAUUUCCAUAUUAGAGUAUGGGAUUCAAAUUUAGUCAAAACACGCUACUUCACUUCUAGGUUUCUUGGUCAUGCAACAGCUUUAGACAUGAUGUCAGCAUUUGAGGAUGCUACAUCAUCCUUAAACAGAGGCAAUUUACUCCAAUUGUCAAUGGAUGGACCUAAUGUCAAUUGGUCAUUUCAUGAUAAGCUGAAUGUUUCAAUGCAAAAUGACCAAGGAGUGGAGCUUCUUAAUGUUGGAAGCUGUGUGUUACACAAGGUUCAUGGAGCUGCUAAAGCAGCUAUGGAGGCAACAAGUUGGAACUUAGACAAGUUUUUAAAGUCCCUGCACAAACUUUUUGAAGACACUCCUGCUAGGAGGGAAGAUUUCACAAAAGCAACUGGAUCUUCUAUAUUUCCUCUUCGCUUUUGCAAACAUCGGUGGCUAGAAAACUCUAAUGUCGCUCAAAGAGCUCUGGAGCUAGUACCUAGUAUUGAAAAAUACUUGGACAACAUUAGCAAAGGACAGAGUACUCCACCUAAAACUGAGUCAUUUGAAAUUGUAAAGGCUGCCAUUAAGCAAGAUAAAUUUUUACAAGCUAAGCUAGCUUUUUUUGUUUCUAUAUGUAGACAAAUAGAGCCCUUUUUAAAGGACUAUCAGACAGACAGGCCAAUGCUUCCUUUUAUGUAUAGUGACCUACAUCAUUUAACAUUUGGAAUUCUCAGGCGUUUUGUGAAGGAAAAUAAACUAGGUGCCUUAAAAAAAACUAGCGACAUACUGUCUUUUAAUGUCACUGAUUCUGAUUAUCACUUGACAAGUCAUUCAAUUGAAGUUGGGUUUGUUGCUGACUCUCUAAUAAAGUCUCUUAAAAAAAAUAAUAAAGCAAGUGAUCUUCAAAUUCUCAAUUUCAAAUCAGAUUGUAAGACAAUUUUAAUUGGGUUUUCAUCAAAAUUUUUGUUAAAAUCACCAUUACUUUAUUCAUUAGUGAGAGAUUUAGCCUGCCUAGAUCCAUUGCAAAUGCUUGAAAAUAAAGCCUGUUCACUAUCAAGAAUGAAGAGAAUUCUUCACAUCCUAGUCAACAAGCGGAAACUGAAAUCAGCUGAGUGUGACCAAGUUCUGUUUCAAUUUUCAACAUUUAUAGAUACAUGUACUCUAAAUGGUUGUUUAUCCAAAUUUAAUAGAGAACAUGAUAGGCUGGACAGUUUUUUCAUAGAACAGCUUGGUAGCAAAGUUUCUUAUGUGAACAUUUGGAAAGUUGUUAAAGAUCUAUUGCUUCUGUCACAUGGUCAAGCCAGUGUUGAAAGAGGUUUUUCUGUAAAUAAAGAGCUGGAGGAGUGUAAUAUGGCCCCAAAGACACUGAUUGCAAAAAGAAUUAUACUGGACUCUUUCAGACAAUCUCCUGACUUAGAUAAUUUUAUUAUAACACCAAAAUUAUUAGUUUUUGCUAGUAGUGCUCACAGGAAGUAUUGUUUAUAUUUAGACAGUGAGAAGGGAAAGUCUGAGCAGGCCAAACAAGGACUCAAAAGAAAAGCUUUAGAUGAUGCUCUUGGGAAGCUGAAAAAAAGAAAAAUCUCUUUGGAGCAAGAUAUAAAAACAUUAGGUUCAUCUGCAGAUGAGUAUGCUCUUCAGGCUGAGCAAAAAAGAGAGACAUCACCCUCAUUACAAUGUCUAACAGCCUCAGAAAAUCUGCUAGGGAAAAAGAGGCCAGCGUGAAGGAGAUUGUAAAACAGAUUGAUAAGAAGCUAUUAGAGCUUAAAGAAUUUU